AAGAGGAGAGUGUGUGCAUGAGCAAAGCCUCUCUCGUUCACGACACGCUUUAUUUGCACUCUCCACCAUUCAAGGUGGAACUUCACCUUUCGCUUCCCCGAGGAGAAGUCUAAACAACAGGGAAUAUAUAUUCUGACGCAAACAUCUACGGUGUUCGAAAAUCAUGGCAGCCUCGUCGGCGAAAGUCGUUAGAAAGGAAAACUCUAAUCAUGAUGGAGCGGACGAGACCUCCGAAAAAGAGCAACAAGAAGCUAUUGAACACAUUGACGAAGUACAAAAUGAAAUUGACAGAUUGAACGAACAGGCCAGUGAGGAGAUUUUAAAAGUAGAGCAGAAGUACAAUAAGUUACGCCAGCCAUUCUUCCAGAAGCGGUCAGACCUCAUAGCUAAAAUCCCCAACUUCUGGGUCACUACAUUUGUUAACCACCCACAGGUUUCAGCCCUUCUUGGUGAAGAGGAUGAGGAGGCACUUCAUUACCUUACCAGAGUGGAGGUGACUGAGUUUGAGGACAUCAAGUCAGGUUACAGAAUAGAUUUUUACUUCGAUGAGAACCCGUACUUUGAGAACAAAAUCCUCUCCAAAGAGUUUCACUUGAAUGAAAGUGGGGACCCAUCUUCAAAGUCAACUGAAAUCAAAUGGAAGGCUGGAAAGGACCUGACAAAGCGUGCCGGCCAAACGCCGAACAAGGCUGGCAAGAAGAGGCAACAUGAAGAACCAGAGAGCUUCUUCACCUGGUUCACAGAUCACUCUGACGCUGGGGCAGACGAACUAGGAGAGGUCGUUAAGGAUGACAUCUGGCCAAACCCAUUGCAGUAUUACCUGGUCCCUGACAUGGAUGAUGAGGAAGGGGAAGGUGAGGAAGAUGAGGAAGAGGGCUUGGAGGACAUUGAUGAGGAAGGGGAUGAGGAUGAAGGAGAGGAAGAUGACGAUGAGGAAGGAGAGGUAUGGUAGAGGAUGACGGCGAGGAUGAUUAAGGCAGAAAAGGACAUAUUCCAACCUAUACCUUUGCCCAUUCUUUCCUUCUAAUCAUCCUUCAACGCUUGGGAGCAAGAAGCUUUGUUUUCAUUUUAUUUUUGUAUUAUUUUGUGCUCUGUCUCCUGUUCCACAAGCUUCCGCCUGUCCAUACCAUGUCUGAAGACGAGUAAAUUCCCAGAUCAGAAAACUCUGCCGUCUCGCGUGUCAUAAUACUACUACACAUGUCCAUGAAGACCAAUAAAAGUACAUGCAUUCUGCACGUCAUCUUAGACUAAAAUAAAGUCGAAUCGCAAUUUAUAUGUAUGAUAAAUAAGGUUUCUGUUAACUUGUGAGUUGAAUAAAGAUAAGCAAUGGUGCAGUGAUAACUUAGCAUCCCUGGCCACGUUUUAUUUUAUUUGAUACAUUUUCUUUAAUGCAGAGUUUGGGGGUGGGGGGGGUCUUCUGGAGUUGACACAUUUUCUUCGUCAUGCGUUGUACUAACGGAAAGCACCGGCUUGUUCCUGUCAGCGAUUGUAAAUGUUUUGGGGUUGAUAUCUUGGUAUGACACGGUUAUUAUUGUAGACAGUUAAAUGGGGUUUGGUGGGGUAAGUGGGCAUUUGACACCUCAACAUUUGGGUUUAUGUUGAUUGACUUUUCAUUGUAAUGUUUUACAGACACCCAUGAGGUUUGAAAAUGACAUUUUUAAUAAAAACAAAACCCAAAAAAUGUGCUCUUGUAAUUUUGAACUUGGCUAAUUAACAGGUUAUUUAAGAGAAAGUAGAGACCCUAUACAAUCUCAUAGGAUAUACUAGUGAUCUCCACCUUUUCCACUGGAAAACUGUUCACAUUAACAUUUUAAGUGUACCAGUUGCUUUGUUACAAUAAAUGUAUACACAAGUGUU